AUGAUUGUGUAUGUGGGAGUGGCAAAUGUCGAUGGCGAAUGGUGGUAUGAAGGGGCCAUGUCGGUGGAUGUGGGUUCUUCGCUGGGUUACUGGAUAUUGGUGGUCACCGGGGAGGAAGAGCAACACGUCGGCGAUGACGAGUCAAGGCCUCAUAUCUUAAGAGAAAUUUUGUCUAACAUGUGGAUGUGGUUGGUGGAGGAAGGGGGCCCUUUUGGGUGCGGUGCCGGUGAUUGUAAUUUGGGGAAAAGGCAAAGAUCUAACAUUGUGGUAGUGAGUGAAGAGGAGGAAGGGAGCAGUUGCUGGUGCUGGAUGUGCUGGGCAGUGGGCCUUUGUGGAGAAAGAGCAAAGGGAGUUGGUGGGCCUGGUUGGUGGCAAGUGGGUGGAGGUGGGUGUGGGAUGGAUGGUGACUUCGGGUGGGGGCGAAGGAGAGAGAGGGAGAUGCCUGGUGGGUGGCUUCGUUGGGCUAGCAGUGUCGCUGGUGGGUGUGGGUUGUAUAUGCUGUCGUUAGGUCGUUGGUGGUGGGUGGUGUGCCUCAGUCAGAGAUAA